AUGGAUACUUUGGUGACUUUUAUCAUGGGCCUUCCAUGUCCCGUCGGAGUUUUGACACCGGUGUCGACUUUCCUGUCGAGCAAAAAAAUCAUAACGUCGCCAAAUCUUUUGAUGCAAAUGCACUCGAUCGUUUAUGUCGCGAUCGCUUACCACAUAGUGUUUCUCGUGAGCCAAUGGAUUUUGUUUCCGCCGUUGGUGCGUUUAAGGUUUGCAUGUGAAAAGCCUGAGAACGACAAGAAACCCGAAACAAAAGUGGACGACGAGAUAAAACAAGCGGAUCUCGUUAACCAGAGUGCAGUGCAUUUUGUGAGUCUGGUGCAGAGCCUUGUGAUCCUGUAUUUGAGUCUGAGUUACCUUUCGGGUCACGGCCGCAGCACGCACCCAACGCCCGAAUCGCGCGUGUUCUCGCAGUCUCCAAAGACAGACGUGGUAUGUGUGUUCGCGGUCGGGUAUUUUGUGUGGGACGCGCUCAUUUCGGUCAUGUAUUCGAGUUUCCCAUUCGUAUUACAUGGAGUUGUGUCUAUGGUCAUGUUCAGCAUUGGUCUACAACCUUACAUCCAGUACUACGCACCUGCGUUCCUGCUUUUCGAGCUAUCUAACCCGUUUCUGAACUUUCGCUGGUUUGGCAUCAAGUACUUACCGCAAGUUUCUGAUCGCAACCAUUCGUUCGUCGCGCGCGUGUGUAACGCACUUCAACUCGCGAACAACGUGAUUCUUAUGCUCGUUUUCCUGCUCGCCCGCAUCGUAUGGGGGUGGCUGAAAAUCGGUGAAUUGUGCUACGAUUUCUUUCAAGUACGCAACGAUCCAAGAUUCAGACCCCUCGAGACCGCCGUCAUCGUUGCUGGUAACCUCACAUUAGACGUACUAAACGUGGUUUGGUUUUCCACCAUGCUCGGCGUCGCUAAAAGAAUAGUCUCUAAGCGGGGCCGCGUCCAAGACAAGCCUGUCACCGAGGCACACUAG